AUGGAGAAUAAGACCAAUGUCACUGAAUUCAUUUUCAUGGGCCUGUGGGGAAAUAAGCAGAUAGAGAAACUGUUCUUUGUCUUGUUCCUGCUCUGUUACCUGGCUGUCCUAAUGGGGAACUGCAUCAUCUUACUCACAAUCACCUGCAGCCACCUCAUCCAGCAGCCAAUGUACUAUUUGCUCUGCCACCUCUCCUUCAUGGACCUCUGCUACACCUCCACCGUGGUCCCCAGACUAAUCAGGGACUUGGCCUCAGCAAGAAAAACCAUCUCUUAUAACAACUGCAUGACCCAGCUCUUUGCUGCCCACUGGCUGGCUGGAGUGGAGAUAUUCAUCUUAGUGUCCAUGGCUUUUGACCGCUAUGUCGCCAUUGUCAAACCCCUGCACUACAUGGUCAUCAUGAACAGGCAGAGGUGCACCAUGCUGAUUGUGCUGGCCUGGGCGGUGGGGUUUUGGCACUCCAUUGCCUUACUACUGAUGGUACUCAGCUUGCCUUUCUGUGGUCCUAAUCACAUAGAUCACUACAUAUGUGAUGUGAAGCCUCUUUUGAAACUGGUGUGUAAAGAUAUUCGUGUUGUUAGUAUCUUAGUGAUUGCAAAUUCAGGGCUGGUGGCGGUUGCCAUUUUCCUUGUCCUAGUAGCUUCUUACAUCCUCAUACUGUAUAACCUUAGGAAACACUCUGCCGCAGGUCGACGCAAAGCUCUCUCCACCUGCAGUUCUCACAUAAUGGUUGUAGUUCUCUUCUUUGUACCUUGCAUUUAUACUUACGUGCUGCCGGCAGGGAGUGAGAACAAGGAUAAAGAGAUCUCAGUGUUUUACACUGUCGUCGCUCCCAUGCUGAAUCCUCUCAUCUACACCCUGAGAAAUAUGGAGAUGAAAAUUGCCAUGCAGAAGGUGUGGUCUCAAAUGGCACAUUCAGAAUUCAAGUAA